AUGAAGUCGGGUAAAGAAGUCGCCAUCUUCGGGCUCGUCGUCUUGUCCUGUCUCCUGUGGGCGGAGGAGGCCCACGCCGGUCUGACCUUCCUGAGUCCGGCCGACAUGCAGAAGAUCGCGGGGCGGCAGCCGCAGAGCAAGCUGAGACACGGCAAUAUGAAUCGCAGGGAGGCGGAGGACGGCCCGGGCGAGGAGCAGAAGGAGAUCGGGGUGACCAUCCCUCUGGACAUGAGUAUGAAGCUGACGCAGGAGCAGUUCCAGAAGCAGAAGGCGGCAGUGCAGGACUUCCUGUACACCUUCCUCUCUCUCGGGUCGUCGCAGGAUACAGAAGAGAAGAAUGGAAAUCUUCAGAGCCAAUGA